AUGCCUAAACAAAGCCCAUUUGAUUUAACAAAAUGUGCAAGGCACAACAUUCUUCAGCUAGAACCAUAUAGAUGUGCAAGAGAUGACUAUAAGGAUGACGGAACAAAUGUCCUUCUCGACGCAAACGAGAAUGCAUACGGUCCCAGUUUGGUCCUAACAGACGACGGAAAGCUGGAAAACGUGACUGCAACCGAAAAUGCCCCGGAUCUCGACUUUUUAGGUCUCAAUCGCUACCCUGAUCCACACCAGGUCGAGCUUAAGAAACUCCUUUGCGAUCUCCGAAACACGCAUAUUCACACCCAAAAAAACCUCGACCCGUCUAAUCUCUUCGUUGGCGUGGGCUCCGACGAAGCGAUUGACGCCCUGCUGCGAUGCUUCUGCACACCGGGGAAGGACAAGAUCCUAACAUGCCCACCUACAUAUGGCAUGUACUCUGUCAGCGCACAGGUCAACGAUGUUGGUAUUAUCAAAGUACCUCUGGACGUGGAGAACGGAUUUCAAUUGCGCCCAGACGCCAUGAAUACGACACUCUCAGAGCAAGCAGAUAUCAAACUGGUGUAUAUCUGCUCUCCGGGAAAUCCUACAGCGAAUUUAAUUCGGAAGGCGGAUAUCCAGAAAGUUCUAGAGCAUCCUACCUGGAAUGGUGUCGUCGUGGUUGACGAGGCGUAUAUAGACUUUGCUCCUGAAGGGUCCAGUUUGGCAGAAUGGGUCACUGAAUGGCCGAACCUGGUUGUCAUGCAGACUUUGAGCAAGGCUUUCGGCCUGGCUGGGAUUAGAUUGGGAGCUGCAUUUACGAGCCCGGAGAUUGCGAGGCUGUUGAACAGCCUCAAGGCUCCCUAUAACAUCUCAAGCCCUACCAGCGCGUUGGCAACAGCUGCUCUCUCGAUGGCGAACCUCAAGGUUAUGCGAAGUAACAGGGAGAAACUAUUUAUCCAACGCGAUAGAUUGUUGAAAGAGCUGCCUGCAGUUCGUGGCGUGGGUAAGUUCCUUGGUGGAACUGAUUCCAACUUUUUACUUGUGGAAAUUCUCGACAAACCUGCACAAGAAGGCGGUAGGCCUUGUAACAAGACUGCUCUAGCUGUAUACGAAUCCCUUGCAGAGAGCAAAGGAGUUGUGGUCCGAUUCAGGGGCAGGGAAUAUGGAUGCGAAGGGUGUUUGAGGAUCACAGUCGGCACAGAGUCAGAAGUGUCGAGAUUUCUGAGUGAACUAGCUGUUGUGCUUGGGAAUAUAUAUGCCGGAAGGUCAUAGGAUUGAAGGCGAAAAGAACGAUCACAGCUCUAUAUUUGGAUACCUAGCGUUCUUCUUUUCCUUUAAUCUUGGGAAUACAUGAUUCUCUC